GGGAGAGGGGAAGAGAAGUGUAGAAGGCUUUGAUAUGCAUUUUGACAACUUGUGCAAAAGUUAACUUUUGUAUAAGGCAAGAAAUAUUUCUUUCAUUGACAUUUCAUUGACCAAAAACAAAAAAAAGAGUUUGAUUCCCAGACCUGUUGUGCAGGCCGUACCUGUCUGACAUAAAUGGACUUGGCUAACUUCAUUUCACACACUACAGGACUGGUAUGAAAGGGGACCCUGCAUGUUGGAAAUAUUUGCAGACAUGACCAGCAUUAACAGAAGUAGCUCCUGGCAAGAAGAGGUAGCAAAGAACUUUACAAGAUGGUUUUCACGAAGCAAGUCUGAAGAUGAAAACAAAACAAAUAAAGAGGGUGCUGAAAAAGCAAAAAGGGUCAAUGAAAAUGAGCCCCAGAGCCCCAGUACUCAGGCGCAAGAAAACAAUGAGUUCUCAAAGGUACUUCAAGGAACAGAAGGAAACAAUUCAAUCAAAGAAGACAAAGAAACAAAUACAGUAAAAGAAAAUGGAGGAAUGCAAGAUGUCAACUCAAAUUCAAAUCCAAAAGUUGCAGAGUCAAAUGCUAAUCAAUUUCACAAAGACACAUUUUUACAGAGGCUUGAAGAUUUCUUUAACUUUUUGCAAAAAUCUAGUCAAGGAGAUCAAAAGAAAUCAUAUAAAACAACUGAUGAUACUAAAAUCGAAAACUCGCCCAAUACUGAUACUGGAAAGGAAGCACUACAUGAAGAUCAAGGAGAAAAGAAAGAUACAAAUGACACAGCCAAAGGAAAGGCAUUUGCAGAGAACUGUUCCACACAACAGGAUAUGUAUUAUUCUCUUUCGGAUCAACAGGAAGGAGUGGGAGAAUCUGGCUAUAUAGAUCCCUGUAGCCAAUCCACAGACACUGGUGAAUCAGAACACGAGGACAGUAGGAAUACCAGGGAUCCUGCUAAGCGUCAGAGUGGAAGCAACCUGUCAGAGCCAUCAACUAUCACUCGUGCAACAUACCGUGGGUCAAGACAGAUAAGAAAACUGAAAAAGAAACGAGCACAUGUGGACUCAGCCAUUCCUGAAGGAGGAGAAGAUGCCUUAACAUUACCUGCAAACAAAGAAAAUCAUCUUGAAUCAAAAAAUCAACACACUCAGAAUGGCUUCCAUGAAGCCCCACAGAUCAUUGUAGAAUUAGAAGUCAAUGGUCACCUACCUGUAGACAAUACUGACGAUGUGAAUCAGCCUAACAAAUGUCUUACAGUUGUAGAAAGUCUUGAAAGUCCUUCAGAGGAUGCAGUUUCUAGUAAUGGAUUGCUAAUUUCACAAAAUGGCCCCGUGUCCCCCACAAAGAAUGAAUUAGUACUGAGUACCCAUGAGUCACCUACAGAUAUAAAAAAUGGUAGGAUACAUUUCAGUUUUCUUAGUGAUCAGAAUGUCAGUCUACAGGUAGGUGAGACAGACAACAGAAAGGACAGCAUAGCUAAAGAACACACGAAAUACACUCCGUCAGAAACACAAGAUAUUUCCUCUGUUAAUAAACCACUGAACACGUUAAUAAAAAAUUACUACGAGACAAAAGAAACAAGCUCGGCUGUUGAUGAUGUCAAUUUGAUGAAAAAUGGAGACAUCUCUAGUAAUGGACCAUCCAUACAUGUGACAGCAGAGUGUUAUACUUCUGAAGGCGGGCAACAUCAAGGUGAAGAAACAAACAUGGUUGAAGCCAAAGAAUGCUCUACUAUUAUUGUAAAACAAUCCAUAGAUUUAAAAGAUGAAGGUAAUGCAAAUGCUUUAAAUGAGCUACAUCCAGAAAAUAAUGUCAGAAGCAUUGCACAAGAUGAUCAAACAGUAUUUGACUACCAGGAUGUAACUCAGUCCUUUGAAGGUACCGGCAAAUUAGAAGAUGGGGAAGUUAAUACAAAGUCCAAUGAAAAUUCCUAUUCUAGUCUACUGUCUAAUGAGAAACACCUACCUGCAGGGAAUUAUGUAGAAACAAUGCAAGAGAAAAAUAUUAUGAUGCUGUCUAUGUCCGGCAGGGAAAGCAGUCAGAACAUUAAAUAUUCAAAGUCUCGAAGUAGUGGAAUUUAUGACUCUAUUCUGGAACACAGAAGAAGUAUUAAAACAGAGAAGAAGAAUCCAAUUUUUAAUCGAUACAGCUCUGUAGGCAUGCCAGAUGAACAAGACUGUAAUGAACUUGCUCAGUGUAAUCAAAACACGAGUACAGAAGGCAUAGUGCAAGGAACUGUGAGUGAAAAAAACCCUACUACAUUGGACAUGCUAGCUCAGAAUAUCCCACUGAGUCCGGGAAAAGUAUAUGAUGAAAAUACUUUGUCAAUGAAGAUUAAUGAAGUGAAGCAAAGCAGCGCACAGAAUGGAACAGAAGCAGUAAUUGUAAAUUCUGCAAAAACUCCUUUGUCAUCUUCUGAAGACAAAAUAAACCAUUUACUUUUGAAUUUUGCAGAACAAAGAGUCAGGGAAGAAAUGAGUUUCUCCAAUGUCAGUGAUGCCGGAAAGCUCAGUGAUGGAGAACAAAGCACCAUAACAGUAAGCACUAAUAAAACUCCUUUGUCAUCUUCAGUAGAUGAAAUAGUCCACACCCUUUUGAAUUUGGCAAAAGAAAGAAUCAAGGAAGAAAUUAAUUGCUCAGAUGUCAAUAAUGCCUCAGCUGGCUGGCUGCAAACUUCACAGGCAGAUGCAAACAAUGAAUCUAAAAGUACAAACCAGGAAGCCACUGACAGAGGUAUAAAUUUAGAGAAGGAAAGAAACAAACCACCCCUUAUGCCCAGUUCUACUUUCCUGGGCUCUGACAAGAUUCUCGCAGAUAUUUCAUUACUAUCUAAAGCCAAAAACAUUGUUGAUGAAAUUAUAAAUUCAGCCAUAGAAAGGGUUACAAUUGUCCUGCCCCAUAGUUUAGAAAAUGAUAGUGAAGACAGUGGAGUAUUAAAAGAGCAGCCAAACUUGAUAGAAAAGCAUGACAGUUUACUCAAAACUGCACAAACAUUAACUGAUGAAAAUGAAAAUUCUGGUGUAAAAAAUGGUUGUUUUGUUCCUGCCAGCAGUUUAUCUAACACUGUGGAAAGUAUGGCAUCUUCAAAACUUCAGGUUAGCUGCCCAUCUCCUGUUGAUUCUAAAGAUGAAACAACAUUGUACCAGAAAGAAAGCAAACCAUGGUCAGCUUUUGUGGGAGAUGAUGAUGAUGAUGAUGAUGAUGAUGAUGAAGAAGAUGAUGACGCAGACAAUUAUGUUUCAGUGACUGCAGUUAAAGUCUUUGUGGAUCCUGAACUAGAGGAUAAAGAUCUAACAGCACCUGAAAGUGUGAGCCAAGUAAAUGAAGACUCCAUACCAGUCGAGAAAGAAGGUUCUUCCAACCUUUGCAAUAUGGACGGAUUUAAAGGAAACAGAUCCAUGCAUGAAAUGCAAGCACACUUAACUCAAAAACAGCAACCGCAGCAUUCAGAUGGAUCUAAAGUAUAUUACAUCAGUAAUGAGAUAAAAAAAGAAAGGUUUCCAAUCCCCUUAGACAGUAUUCCUGAAGAACCCAAGCAAUGUAUCAGAAUUCUGACAGAUGAAGAUAUGGGUGAUGCUAUUGUAGUGACUGCAGUUAAAGUAAAUAUAGAUCCAGACAUGGAAGAAGAGAUGGCCUCCUCAUCUCAUCUGUCUCCACAGUCAGAUAAACAUAAUGAUGCUCCAACUUCUCUUACAGUCUUAUCAGAAGUCUCCCUGGAGAAUCAGAAAGGUUGUAUUUCACAGGAUGAGACUGAUAAUUUACCAAGGUUGCCAUUUUGCUUGUCUCCUCCUCACCAUGAGCUUCCUUCAGACAGUUCUGCAACAACAAAUACAGAAUAUAGCUCCGAACAGCACCAUGAAAAUAAAAAUACAGUAGAAGACUACUUACAGAACUAUGAUCCUGAACUUUUGCUGAACCCAGAUAGCAGGCAACAUAAGAUGUACCCACUUUCUUUGUCCCCAAUACCAGAGGAUUUUUUUGAAGAUGAUUCAUCAAUAGAAGAUGUCCUGCCUGAAAUUUUGACUACUAAAAAAAUUCCAGAUGAGGAAAAACAGUCUCCAAGUAAGUCUUUGUCUGUGCUUGAGCUUCUUCAGUCAGUGUCUGAGCAUUUGAAACUAUGCAAUCUUGCAAAUGAAAAAGAUUAUUCACAAGAAAAACCUACACAAGAACCACUCAUUUCAUCAGAUGACCUGCCACAGCAUAUUGGAAUCAGUCGGCAUCACCAACCUAGUACAUGUUUCGAUGGCAACCAUACAGUAACUCCUUCUGAGGAACAGCUAGAAACAACUCCUAAAAGGUGUCCUUCACCUGAUCAGCAGCAUGAACAACACUCACAAGAAAAACCUGCACAAGUGCCACUCAUUGCAUCAGAUGACUGUCCACAGCAUGUUGGAAUCAGUCAGGAUCACCAGGCCAGUACGUGUUUGGAUGACAACCAUACAAUAACUUCUUCUGACGAACAGCUGGAACCAUCUCCUAAAAAGGGACCUUCACCUGAUCAGCAACAUUUUUCAGAUGCUUGGCACACACAGCAAGACCAAAUGUCUUCACAUUCUACAGAAAACAAAGAAAUGGAAACUAAUAGUAAUGAGCUAGCACUUUCACAUGUGGUAUCAUCAAAUGAUACAUACAUACAGAUUAACAACAGUUCCCAGCCUGAUUAUUCUAAUCAUUACACUCUAGGCAUAGAACAAGCACCACAAGACAUACCUCCAAAAAUGAUUCCUAAAAGCACAUUACAGUCACAAGAUAAAGGCACACAGAGUGUGCUUUAUCGUUAUUUGCAGGGAGUUAACUAUUUAAACAAUAGUGACUCAGAAAAGAAAUUUGGUCUGGAUAAAGUUUCAUUGCUAACAGUAUUUGAAAGUGAUCUGGAUUGGCUAAUACAGUCCAAAGGGACAUCAAAGGAUCAUUCCGAAGCCAAGAAUGCUGAAAUCAGCUUAGAACUGACAGAAAUCAGGAAUGCUAAAGUCAACCCACGACCAGGCAAGAUGGUAAUUUACAAUGGAUUACACAAUGGUGGAAGCAAACAAGAAAUCUUGUCCGAUGUUCACGAUGCUUCAUCAUGGCAGUUUCCAGCUGGUGUUACUGUGAGAGUUAUUCGAGGAUGUUGGCUGUUGUACAAGAAACCAGAAUACCAAGGAGAAAAGUAUCUUCUGGAAGAGGGGGAAACUUCACUGAAGCAUUUUUGCAAUGAGAGCUCCUCAGGAGUCAUCAUCAUAGGUUCUAUUAAACAAGCAGUAAAGGACCACAGCAUUCCAGAGAUUAUGUUUUUUCAAGAAGCCAACAGUGAGGAACCAUUUGCAUGUCUGCAUAGCAAGGUUCCCAGUCUAAAGGCAAUACAGCCAGCACCUUCUUCAGUAGCUGUAAUGUCAGGGAUUUGGCUUGCCUACACCGAUGAUAAUUUCCAAGGACAGUUCAGCAUUCUGGAGCAAGGGCAGUCUACAGCUGUUGUGCCCACAGGUGUGAGGUCAUUAUGUCCUGUGAAAAUGGGUGGGCUUAAAGUUCAGAUGCCACUAGAUCCAAAGAUUAUAUUGUAUGACAAACCCCACUUUGAAGGACAGGCUUUUGAAGUGAGUGAAAAUGUGUACAGUAUCACAACCCUGCCUGCAGACAGACUAGACAAAGCAAAUAAAUUGGAAGAAGUGGGUUCAGUUCAAGUCAUCGGAGGAGUAUGGGUUGCAUAUGAGAAAGAAGGUUACAGAGGUCACCAGUACCUGCUGGAGGAGGGUGCAUAUGAAGAUUGGAAGGCCUGGGGUGGUGUUAAUCCUGUUCUGAUGUCUCUACGAUUCUUGCAAGGUGACUUUUUGGAAUCUUCAGUUACACUGUUUGAAGAUAUUGCCAAUGAAAAUGGCAAGCGAUUUGACAUCUCCAAUCAAGAAAUUCCUAACUUAAAUGCUGGAACUGGCUGCCAUAUUGGCUCAAUAUGUGUGAACAGUGGAGUGUGGGUUGCUUAUGACCAAAAGUAUUUCUCUGGUGAACAGUACAUAUUGGAGAAAGGAAUAUACAAGAACUACCUUGAAUGGGGAGGAGUUAGUGAUACAAUUCUGUCUAUACGGCCUAUACAGCUGGAGGAAAUGGGAACAAAAGAAUCAUUAUAUAUGGUAAAAUGUUACAGCAUGCCAGAUUUCAAGGGGACAAGUGAAGUGUUCUUAGCAGAAACCAGUUCUUUUCCAUCAUUGUCACCAAAGUCAUUUAAAGUUGUACGAGGAUGUUGGCUCCUGUAUGACACAGAGGACUUCACAGGCAAUUGCUACAUAUUAGAGGAAGGCCAUUAUGCAGACUUCAGUGCAUUUGGAUGCUUGUCAAGAACAAUCAAGUCUCUUAAGCCUAUACAACAUGUGAGUCCUUUGAUAUUGCUGUUGCUUUGGCUCCUGUAUGACACAGAGGACUUCACAGGCAAUUGCUACAUAUUAGAGGAAGGCCAUUAUGCAGACUUCAGUGCAUUUGGAUGCUUGUCAAGAACAAUCAAGUCUCUUAAGCCUAUACAACAUCAUUUUGGUGAACCCACAGUUGAGUUAUUCUCCCUGGAUUCUUAUGAAGGAAGAAGUCUUCAUGUGGAAGCAGCUGUGAAUUCUCUUCUUAGCGAGGUGCAUCAUUUUCAUACUCGAUCCCUGUGGGUGAAGUGCGGACUCUGGAUAGCAUAUGAAGGUGACAGUUUCAGAGGAAGACAGAUGCUUCUAGAGCCCAUCAAGAUUCCUGACUGGAGUCAGCACAGCAGUUGGAAUACCAUUGGAUCUCUUCGUCCUGUUAACCAACCUAAGGUAUACCUCAGGAUCAGAAACCAGGCCCAAGGAACUUUUCUGACUGCUGGUAAAAUCCUGAAUGAGAAAUCAACAAAAGUGACUGUUUGCCCACAUAAUGGCAGCAGUACCCAGAUCUGGUACUACAACUGUGGUCUUAUUAAAUCUAAGGCCACCAAAAUGUGUCUAGAUAUCAUUGGAGGCCAAGAUACUCCUGGAUCUAAAGUAGCCCUUUGCAUAGAAAACAGAAAAGCUCGUCAAAGGUGGAGUAUCAAAGAGGAUGGAACCAUAUCAUCACUUCUCAAUGACGCACUUGUGCUGGCUGUAAAAGGAGGAGACAAGUAUGACAAGGAUCAUGUAAUUAUCAGACAACUUUUGGAAGGGGAUAACUCCCACCUCUGGGAGAUAGAGGUCUUAUAACACUGCAUUACUGCAUGCAAACACUGUGAAAAAAAGACUAUGGACAAGCAGCUAAAUAUGAAGGAUGGCACAGAACCCAUGACAUUGUUUAUGUACUACAAGAAUGCUACAGUGCAGAUUGCAUUCUGCUUCACCUGAACAGCUGUAUGUAGCCACCAGAAAAUGUUUUCUUUUUAUGUCAUCUAAGAAACGAAGAAUCUUCUGUGUCUGCCAUAGAUAAGUGAUGCUAAUUAAUGGAGACUACAUUAAGAAUGACUCUCAACAUUUUUUUACUUAAUAAAGUGCAAAGAACUUGAUGUUUAAAGAUUAAAAUUUGUACCAAAAUAAUGUGAACUCAUACUUACAGACCUUUCUCAAAUACUCUGGAUCCAAGUACAGGGUACCAGAACAUACACUGCCGUAUUACCAUGAUAUCGUUGCAUGAUCACAGUGGUCAUACAUUAGAGAGAGCUUAGUCAAACUUGUGGACAAACGUUUUGCAUCAUAGUACAUUAGUUCAGAAAAUGGAAGUUCUGCCCCUGAUGUUAAUAGUACCGCCCAGGGAAAUAUAAAUAUUUAUCUGUUUGCCCGUUAAGACCAGUAGACCUAAAACGGAGUUGUUAGCAACAUCAUGUCAAGUUUCAGUUAUGCAAAGUAUAGGCUGCUUAAGCAACCACACAUAUUCACAAGUAUUACUAAACUACAGUCAAGUACAAUAAUGGUUGUUAAAUUUAAAACAUCACAGUUAAUGUUUUAAUUCAUAACCAGUGGUUUCUGUGUUCACUACACUAUACAAAAAAGUUUAAAAAACAUACCAAGUCCUUCUGUACUUACAGGAGGACUCGAGUUGCAAAGUUACUUGCAAUACCUUCAUCUGUUUCUUAGCCAAAUAAUCAUGUAUGUUAUGUGAAAACAAUUUGUGCAUCUAGAACUAGGUUAAAAAACAGUAAAAAAAAGGUGUGUUUUUGCCUUGUAUCUAUGCUCUCUACAUUUCCAGUGCCAUGCGCAUCAUUCUAAGUGGAUAGCAUUAAUUUCUGCCACACUUAAAAGUGAUUUUUGGUAAGCCUUGUUCUUCCCACAGUGUAUUCUAUCUCUCCAUAAUAUUAUGCCACAUAGCCUAUCCAUUUUCAGUGUCUUAAAGAGCAGUACUAUGAUAAUGAAUCUGAGUGAGUCUAGAAAAAAUAUUGGUAAUUUUUAACAACCUGCUUUGACUGUUGUUAGUUUCAAACCCUUAAAUAUAAUGCUAAGAUCCUUUAAGCUAGAUAAAUGCAGUUGCUUUUGUAAAUCUUUUAAAUAUCUUCGCUAGAAGAAAGCUAUACCACUGACCACUCACUCAUUCUUUAAGCUACAAGCAACAAAUUUCAGAUCAUACAUGUCCACACAGUUACUACCACAGGCCACAAGUUGUACAUGGUCAUGAGGCAACUUUCAAAUGGAAACAUAAAAUUUCAAGGAAAACCAUGCUGGUAUGCAGAAAGACAAAAUCAGAAUGGGAUAAGGAAAAAAAAAAAUAAAAAAAUAAAAGUAAAUGUGAUUAAAACUUGCUUUCUUUACAAGUAGGUCAUAUCAAAGGGAAGAACAAACAGCGCUGAGAAAAACUUUGCACUUCCAUGCAGCUGUCCUACAACUAAAUGAUCUUUUUAAGUGCACAGCCUCUAGAAAUUAUGAUAGCACUAUGGUAAUCCUGCAGCCCUUACACGGAGUAAAUCCUACGUCAUGUCAGCAUACAAUGCUACGUGCUUUACGUCUGCUGUUGCACCUAUAAAACCAUGUGCUGCACUUCUACAACACAAACUGCUGGCCAUCAGGACUGAAACAUCACAAAGUAUAUUAGAUGCCCUCUGCAGGCAGCCUGGACAUGCAAAUUGACAGGAUAGUAUUUGAAAGCAAAUGAACAAGCAGUGGACGGAUCCAGUGUUAUUUUACAUUGGAGACACAGAAGAAAAAAAGGGAACACUUUUAGAUGCACAUAAUAUGAGCACAGCAGCAGAAUAUGAUCUAAUGAGAAUGACAUUUGUUCCAGUAUUACCUGCGAAAUAGCCAACACCCUUCUGUAGCCUGUUUGUUCUGGUUACAAAAGGAUAUGAUUCUAAUUACCAAUUACAGGGAUAAAAUGGACAAUGGCUAAGAAUGUGCCAAUUUUGUAUUUUUAUUGUUGAUUUGAUGUAUUAUUGGCUUAAAAUGCAGAUUUACUUUUGUUGCACCCACUUUUCUUCAAUUUGAAUAUAUUAAUGAACAUUAUUUUUAUGUAUAUAAUAUGUGACAGUAAUCAUAAUUUAGAGAACAUGUUUUACUCAGGGCUUUACUCAGUGUUGCAUGUUACGGAGUAUCAAAGACUAACCUGUCACCCAACCAUACACCCUUCCCUGCUGUCUUACUUUAUAAAAGUUAGCCAUUUUUAGGCUUUAAAACAAAUUAUUUUUCUUAAUGUGCAAAGGAGGCCAUUGUGCAAGAUUAUGUAACUAUGUGACAAACCAAUCAAAAUAUAUUUCUGCAUGCAUCCACCAUCUCAGUCAAUUGAACAUACUAUACGUGGUCUACAUUACACAGUAUUAGAUAAUUACAGUUACAAACUCCCCCAACCUAUGGCUGCGAAACAGGUUUGGUUAUGUCUGCUGUAUAUCUUUUUUUUAUACUAUUAACAAUUGUGGGCAAAAACAGAUCUACAUAGAAUGGGACCAUAAAUAUGAAAAUUAGAAAAUAAGUUACGGUUUAAAUUUUUAAAUAAUUUUAUCAUACAUCUUGUUCUUCAAGUUCCCAAGUAAUGUAUGGCAAAAUAAAGAUAUGUAUAGGAAAAUACCUCACACUGAUUCUGUCUAGGCCUUACCCUCUGCAUUCACACCAAGCACUUUCUGUUCACAAUUAACUAAAGAUAAGAGUAUUGCUGGACAUCACAGUGAAAUGUGGAAGGUCUGCACUUAAGCUCAAUGAUGAUGCAUUAAUCACCACCACACAUCAGCAAAACUAAAUUCUCAUUCGCAACAAAAGUGCAUUCACAGCUAUAACUCAUGUAUCUAAAUUCACAGCUGGCUAACUACAGUGCUCCUAUUCUGAACUCAGCAUUCUAAUAAAGGCCGAUUAUUCUUGGGAGGACACAUACACAACUACCAUUUACAGCCAGACUCUUUUGUCUUAAAGGAAUUACAAUUUAAAGCAUGUGCCAGUGAAGAAGGCAUUGCAGGCACUAAUUGAGCUCAGUGUUUUUACUUACUUGCAAAGAUUCAGAACACCAGGACAAAGGAGACUAUUAUCAACCAGGUACUUCUUUAUCAUGUUCAGGUGGGCAAAAAUGUUCAGUUACAACUUUUGGAUAGUUAAAUGCUCUGCUAAAAAAGUGAGGGUGGCCUAAUGGUUAAGAUGUUUGCCUUACAAGCACAAGGUGCAAGGUUUGAGUCUCACAAGGGAUAAUUGGCUAGGCUUAAAAUGGCUUGCAAGGGCAGUUAGCCUAGUACUAAUCUAUGAACCUAUGCUAGUUUUUACCAGAUCAGCAAUAAACCCAAAUAGUUCAACAGAAGUUGAUUAUCAACUCUCUUGCAGCACUCCCAGUAGGCAGUCUGAAUUGUUUCGGGCUUUGCAGCCAUACAUCACUGUGGUUAAUACCAUUUACUUGUACAGUUAAAAUGUUACACAAAUAAUUCCUACUCCUUAUAUACAUGCUUUACUGUAAAGUGCACCUUAAACUUCACUUUAUUUUCUAAUUUAGUGUUACCUGUACUCUGCAAAUCUGUACUCAACCUUGACAAGCUUAAAAAAUAGACUUCUAGCACAUAUGCUCAUCAUGUCUUUAAACUCCAAACUGAGUGUAUAUGGAAGCAAGGCAAUAUUUCCAUAUUAUGACAGGUAAAAAAUUCAAGAAAGGUAUUUAUUGCAUUUCCUUUACUAUCCCCUAGUAUGCCACUGAGUAAGGCACAUCUAUUUUCUUUCGUUAACUUACCAUUUUCUGUGAUAGCCGUUUACUCCAUCUAUAACACAAAUAUCUAAUGCCUUUGAUGUUGAUUUGGCACCCACAGAAUAAGGUGUAUUAGCAUUAAAAUGCUUCAGGUUAUGGCACCACUAUCCUUUCAAAAUACACUUUUCCACAAGAAUAUUGCUACUGUAGCAGAACUAAAAGUAUUAUCAUUUGACAAGCUCGUCUAAACAGCUUGCAUAUUACAAUCAGGGAAUGCCUUACUGACUAUGGACUUCCCCCAGCAAUGUUUCAGGUUAAAAGUCUUUCUACUCUAAAUAUAUAGCUUAUUAUGAAUACAGCCAUUUCAACAUUUGUUCUUUUAGUAAGACACAAGCCAACCGCCGCCGCCCCCCCCCCACACACACCAUUUCAUACUCUUGUUACAUUUAACAGGCUCUGGCACAUACCGUCAGGAGGCUAAUGUGUAAUGCCAGAACAAAAGUGCUUUAUAAUAACAUUCUGCCAGGAACUCACCGACAAAUGGUUAUAACUGCAAUGCCUACCUCACUGUACAUAUAGUAUUAGUCCAAGCCUUUUGCAUUUUCUCUGUACAUGUACUUUACUUGGUAUGCACCAGUUUUGUUAUAUUAUGUCUGAUUAUUUUACAGCUGUUAAUUUGCUAUCCUUACCUGACUUUAGUUCAUUUUUGUACUGACGAACUGUUAUUUUUUUGUACUGUUACUCCUAAAUUCACUUUCAUUCCAUGACAUAUCUGGAAAUGACCAGAUAACUAGCUUGACUGUGCUUUUUUUGGCAAAACAUCAACAGUCUGUAAAUAAAGCACUUAUUUAACCAACCAAA